AGGAAUCAUAAGUAUUAGAAGUGUUGAAGGGUUUACAGUGGUUUUUAGACAGCGCGAUGAAAACUCGCAAUGAAAACUCGCGAUAAAUUUCUUAUAGAAUUAAUCCUGCUUUUUUGUGCCUACAAUCUCGAAGCAAACGAAGAAACUCUCCUCAAAGACUUCAUCAUCUGCCGGGCUUGCGGAAGUGAUGUGGCUCUGAGUAAUUUUCUGCUGUAUAAAUUAAGUCCCCAGGCCAAGUACGCUGCCAACGAGACACUGUUCGAGGACCAGCCGACUCUGGUGCAGGAACUUGAGAAUCCCUUUGGUAUUCGCUACCGGAUCGUCCUGCUGAAACACGCUUCCUGUGCCCUGAUCGACAGUGUACAGUUCAAUGAUAUUUCUGAGAAGAUAAAGUGGAGUAACUACUUUACCUGGUUUCCCGGAUACUCGUGGAAGCUGUGCAUGUGCAGUACUUGUGGGGCACAUCUAGGGUGGAUGUACGAGCCCAUUGAGACAGCUGUGGAAUCCCUGGAUUUCCCCACAAAGGACGGAUUCUACGCCAUAAUUCUUCCAAACGUUAUUUCAGAAUCUUUUGUGAAUUCCCUGUUGAUGCGAGAGAAAAUCUUCAGGGAGAACUGAACAGCAAAAUGGUCGAUCCUCACCGCCAUAUCCGGAACCUCACGGAAGACCAGAAGAAAUUCCUCGAGGAAUGCGAAAAGGAAUUUGCCAAUCGCUUCACGGAGCGUGAUUGGGAAUUUGCCGAGUUCUACAAGAAGGAACCUCAGGUGCCCCCAAUUGUGGAUUCGUGGAUGUCUCGGCAGUACAAUCAGAAUCACGGGAAUCAUCAUCGGAACGAUCACUACCAAAGAGAUGGACGAUAUCGGGGUAGUAGGAAUGACUACAGAUCCCCUGGACGCAGCUACAAUCAACACUAUUCCCAUAGAUACUGACCAACCCAAAGCAGAUGAUUCCUUGGGGAUUUUUUGGGGCUCCCGGGGGGAUGUUUCUGAGUAAACAAAACUGUAAAUAGAUUUGGCCAUUUUCCCAGGCGAUGGGGUGUUUUUUCUCUGCACUAGAUGUUUGUAUUGCAUGCCCUGGGAUGAGACUGUGUAAAUAAAGUGGGCAGAAAAGGCA